AUACCUCUGAAGCUCCCGAUUUUUUCUUGCUCUCGCUACAAUCGCUGAAAAAAUGGCCGCCCGUCUCUCCAUCUCCCUCGCCGCCCGUCGAAUCUCUUCUGUGGCUGCAAAGAGGCCCUCGCCAAUUGUGUGUCAGAGGUGGCAGCAGGUUGCUCAAAAGCAACGGCUAUUCUCGGUAUCUGCCGCACGUACGCUACUCCCGCACCGUAAUUGAGUCGCAACAAGACGUCUCAAGUCUUUAUACUUCAGACUGACGGUUCAUACAGUCAAGGAGAAGAGAUAUACCGAGGACCAUGAGUGGAUUGAGCUGUCUGCUGAUGGCAAGACAUGUACGUUGACUUGCUUCAAUGUCCCCGCAAUCCCCGCACCCCCAACCCCAACAUACAUCUUUUCUGCCUUGUUGCACAAAAGACGUAUACAAUGGGUCGCGUGCGCUGACAUGUUGCGACACAGGCACUCUAGGCAUCUCAGAAUACGCAGCCAAAGCCCUCGGCGACGUUGUCUACAUUGAGCUUCCACAGGUCGACAUGGAAGUGGCUGAGGGCGACGUCAUCGGCGCCGUUGAGUCUGUAAAGUCGGCUUCGGACAUUCUUACCCCCAUCGCUGGUGUUGUUUCUGAAGUCAAUGAGGCAUUGGAGACCACGCCAGGCAACGUGAACAAGGACCCCGAGGGCGAUGCCUGGGUCGCAAAGAUCACUGUGUCAGCGGAGCCCAAGGGCAAGACCAUGAGCAAGGAAGAGUAUGCCGCAUUUACUGAAGAGUAAAUAUUCCAAAGAAACACAGGGACAGGACAGGCUACAUGAGUGCAUAAUACGAGAUACCUGCGCACAUUCUUCAACAGGGCGCGCCAAAUAUAACAUGAAUUCAAAACCUUCAUUUCCGUUGUGUCGUAAGGUCCUUGGAUAGCCCGCUGACACCAAACAGCUCUGCU